AUGUGCUACAAAAAAACCACCAUCUUUGCCUGUCGCUGCUUUCUCCGCGACACCUCCGCCUGCCCUCAUUCCGCCUGCCUCGCCGAAGGCGAGUUCGAAAGAAGCAGGAUGGAGCAAUUGGCCGCCGAGAUGUUCGCGCGCCCCUUGAUCCUUCCCUCCAUGUCUUCUUCUGCUUUACCCCCCGGCAUGGCUCCUCCCCCCGGUUUUGCUCCUCCCCCUCCGUUCUCCCCCAACUCUGCUUCUUCUGCUUCUUCGUCCCCGGGUCCCGGUAAUACCGCCACUAGCACCAACACCAACACUGGCAACACCAUCAAUGCUUCCGCCCCCGAGUUUUCUGCCGAGCACGAGCACGACCGUUUUCCCUCCCCUACCGCGCCUGCCCAAGAGUCCGAGCCGCCCCGCAUCAUCGACGGCCUCUUCUACGAGCGUAAAAUGGGCCAAGUCCAGCGCGCCGUCCACUGGGACGUCUGGAGAACCGAGUGGUUCCCUUGCGCCGCGUACCACUCUACGCAUCUUGAUACCAUCAUCAACUCGGACGAGGAGUACAUGAAUUGCCCCGAGUACUUUGGAAACGAGGAUAAGGAGGUGAAGAUGCUGGGACUGUGUGAGGAGUGUAGAGAUGUGCAUGCGGAUGCUUUGAGAGGCAUGCAUCAGACUCAAAAUGGGUUUGGUAGCAACCUGGAGGGUGGUAAUCGAGGUGAUGGUCAGGGUCAGGGCCAGGGCCGAGGUCAGGUUCAGAAUCACGGUCAGGAGCGUCAAGUUGAGGCUGAGGAUGAAAUGGAGCAGGGGAUCAGGGAUAUGAUGGAGACGUUGAACAGGUGGAUGGAUAUGGAGUGA